AGGGGAGGGACUGAUGUGGGCUCCUGCCUCAAACUCCUACCAUGGCUGCAGCGACGUGGACUGAUCGAGGACGGAGGGCUGUGACUAUUCUGGGGACAGUGACUAGAUCCACAUCCAGUCACUCCGCGUUAAAAUCCCAGUAUGACGCACUGGUCAUCGGUGGAGGACACAAUGGACUGGUGGCAGCUGCCUAUCUUCAGAAGGGAGGACUUAAGACAGCAGUGCUGGAACGCAGACAUGUGCUGGGAGGAGCAGCUGUUUCAGAGGAAAUCUUUCCAGGUUUCCACUUCUCCAGGUGUUCCUACCUGCUCAGUUUAUUAAGACCCCACAUAUAUGCAGACUUGGAGCUCAAGAAACAUGGGCUGAAGGUGUACAUGAGGGACCCCCAUGCUUUCACCCCCAUGUUGGAGGAGGGAGUAAAAGGUGCCCCACCGAGGUCUCUCACCCUGGGCUCAGAUCUGGCCAUGAACCUGAAGGAGAUUGGCAAGUUCUCACAGAAGGAUGCUAAGGCUUUUCCAGAUUUUGUUGCACACCUUGAUAAGCUAGCAGGAGCUAUCCACCCUCUCCUGGAUGCUCCUCCUGUAGACAUUCCAGGUGUUACAGCUGGAUCACUGAGGAAGAGGCUGGCUGCAGCUAAAACCCUGAUGCCUAUUGUCAAAUGUGGUCUGAAACUGGGCAAAAACAUUCCAGACUUUUACGAGAUCAUUACUGCGCCAAUAAUGAAGAUCCUCAAUCGGUGGUUUGAGUCGGAGCCACUGAGAGCAACACUGGCUACUGAUGCUGUGAUAGGAGCCAUGACCAGUCCAAGUAACCCUGGUAGUGGGUAUGUGCUCUUGCAUCAUGUGAUGGGAGAGUUGGAUAAGGAGAAGGGAGCAUGGGGUUAUGUGGAGGGAGGCAUGGGAGGCGUGUCUAAGGCUAUUGCUAGUUCUGCACGAUCCUAUGGUGUAGACAUUUUCACUGAGAAGGAUGUGGAACAGGUCUUGGUUGGUUCAGAUGGUGCUGCCAAGGGAGUGGUGCUAAAGGAUGGCACAGAGAUCCACAGUAAAGUUGUUUUAUCAAACGCCACCCCAUAUGUUACCUUCAAGAAACUCACGCCACAGGCUGCCCUUUCUCCAGAGUUCAUCAAGGCCGUAGAUCAGAUUGACUACACCUCACCUGUUACCAAGAUCAAUGUGGCUGUGGACAAGCUACCAAACUUCCUAGCAUCUCCGACACCAGACGAUAAACCUGGACCCCACCACCAGUGCUCCAUUCACCUCAACUGUGAAAGCGUGGAGGUACUGGAGACAGCAUACAAAGAGGCCAUGAAUGGACGUCCCUCAGCAAAACCCAUGCUGGAGAUGACCAUCCCAUCUGUGUUGGAUCCUACUCUUGCUCCCCCUGGCUGUCACGUGGUGUCACUGUUCACUCAAUUCACCCCCUACCACAUAGAAGGCAGGGAGUGGACUGACCAGGACAGAGAGGCCUUUGCAGACAAUGCAUUUGCCUGGGUGGAACAAUACGCCCCUGGUUUCAAAAAGUCGGUGGUGGGCAGAGACAUCCUGACACCGCCUGACUUGGAGAGGAUCUUUGGGCUCACUGGAGGGAAUAUCUUCCAUGGAUCAAUGUCACUGGACCAGCUCUACCUGGCACGACCUUUGCCCUCGCUCUCAGACUACCGCUCACCAAUUAAAGGGCUAUAUCUGUGUGGCAGUGGCUGUCAUCCAGGUGGUGGUGUGAUGGGUUCUCCCGGCUGGAACGCAGCGCUCACUGUCAUGGCUGACCUGAAACGUCACUGAAACAUCUGACAGCAACAGUGUGUGGUCCGCUCAUCAGUCUCUUUUGUUUGAUUUAUGUGAAUUUAACUGAUUUGAGCCAUAACACUAAACUCACUCCAACUAUCUGUCUGAUCAGCUGUGUCUCUAUAUUAUGUAGUCAUCCUGUUUGUUCUGAAAAGAUCUGAAAAGGAAAAAAAGGGGGGUUAAUUUUAAUAAUACAAUUUACAUGUGAUAUAAGAGACAAGGAGAGACUCAAUAAAAGAGUCUUCCGGGCUCUUAAUAGGCCCUCCAUGUGGAAAAACUGGAUAUCACUCCUGAUUUUAAACACUAGUGCAAUACUGCCACAAAAAACCCUGUUGUGACCCCACUUUUUAAGUCACAACACGUCAUUAACAUUGUAAACAAAUGCAUUUUAUAAUAACUGAAAAUCACCAAGUAUAUGAAAUUAAGUUUCAAAAAUUGGAAAAAAAAUGAACAUUGUUCUCUGCUCUGAAACAUUGUGGGCGUGUCUGAUGGAGUCAGAAAUGAACUCAAACUGUAAUGAUGGAAAUGAUGCAGAGUGGUACUUUUUACAACUUUGUAUGAAUAAAUUCAAAUUAAUUUAA